AUGCUGAAGUUUAAAUACGGAGGCCACGGCAGCGUUAAAGAUCUGUCUGCUGUCGACUCCAUCACCAGCUGCUGCGCUCGACUCAAUCAGCUGCUGCAGGGGAAAUGCAGUGUGUCGGGCUCUACAGGAGUGAAUGGAGUGACCAGAGAAACUCUGAUUGAUGCUUUUCUGCUGCUCUAUCAAGAGUGCGCCACACCAGAGCUCAUGAAGAUCGAACAUGUGGCCAACUUUGUCAACAAAUAUUCUGAAGUGGUGGCUGAAGUUCAGGAUCUGCUUCCUGGUAAGAAGGAUUUCGAGGUGAGGGGCAUUGUGGGAAGGGGGCACUUCUCCGAAGUGCAGGUGGUGAAGGAGAGAGCGACAGGAGACGUGUACGCCAUGAAGAUCAUGGACAAAACCAGCCUGUGUUCACAGGACAACGUGGCGUUCUUUGAGGAGGAGCGAAGCAUCCUGGCCCUGAACUCCAGUCCCUGGAUCCCUCAGCUCCAGCACGCUUUCCAGGACCAGCACCACGUCUGUCUGGUGAGUGACCGCUUUAACCCAGAGUAG